AUGUCAGUCAUUGAUCAAUUCGGCGACGUGUUGAGACAGUUGCCUACGUUGAAGGCUCCUGGUGUUUCUGGUACCCGUAUUAAGAAGUUGACUGACUUAGCUGUCCAGAAUGUCUCAGAUGAGUCUAAACUCAUCGACGAGCUUUACGCAUGCUGUAAGGCCACCCCUUCGUCCCAUAAACUAGGCGCUUUGUAUGUUGUUGAUUCCAUUGUAAGAAUUUAUAUGGACGAGGCUAAAAAGAAGGGCGAAACCAUCAACAGUCUGGCCCCUGACGGUACUUUUGCUGCUGGUGUCGUAAAGAUUGGUGGUUUGAUCGAGUCCUUGAUUGACGACGCUAUGGAUUUGCUGAUCAAUCCUGCCACAGAUGCCAAAAUAGGUAAACUUGUUGACAUCUGGGAGAGAGCUCAAACCUUUAGCCCCGAGAGCAUCUCGAGAAUGAGAAAUAAGCACUUUAAGUCUCUCACGCCGCCUGGUUCUCCAGCAUCUGCUGGUGGCUCCAAGGCAGCUCCAGUCGAGCCAAUCAAGCCACCAACUGAUUCAGGCAGCAUUCUUCUGGCAUUGGCCACUUUGGCUCAAAAGAGCGAGCCCCAAGGUGCUGCUCCUUCUAAUGACUCCCCAAUCACACAAGUUGCUGCUCCCGCACAGAAUGCCAACCACAUUUUGUCACAAUUGUCCGCUUUGGCUAAGCCUCUGCCUUCGCCUCCUGUGCCACAAGCCUCCAACCAGCCUCCUAACAAAGAACAUAUUUUCGACAUGUUGUCUCAAAUGCAAGCUACCUCAUCUAAUUCCACACCUCCACUCCAAAAUGCCACCAUGAACAAUGCACCACCACCACCAGGCUCGCAAUAUCAAAGCAAUGGACCAAAUGGACCAAGUGGACCUAACGGACCAAAUCGCAUGGAGAAUGGGUACAACAGUCACAACCAACAACAAGGAGGUUAUGGUAGAUCGAACCAAGGCUACGGCCAAAACUACGGAGAGCUGAACUAUGGUAACCAAGGCUACAAUCAAGGCUACAAUGGUGGUCAAAACUACAACAGCGGCAACGGAUUCAAUGCCAACCAAGGUUACAACGGAAACCAAGGCUACAAUGGCGGCCAAAACUACAACGCUGGCCAAAACUAUAACGCUGGCCAGAACUAUGGUGGCAAUGGGGGCUACCAGCCAAACCAAGGAGGCGCCUUUGACCGCCGCGAUGAUAGAAGAGGUCGCGAGAAUGAUUAUUCGAGAAGAAACCGUUCUAGAUCUCCAACAGGACGUUUUGACAGACAAGAUGACGGUGUUUAUCAACAACGUAGAGGCCCUCAACCAGGUCAAUUUACCGAAGAAGGCGAAACUAACGACCCUGGCGCACCACACUACAGACCUCGUAACGUCGGAUUUGACAACACAAUGCCAGCGGGCUCCUUCAAGGUCAUGUCUAGAACCUUGUUCAUUGGUGGUUUGCCAAGAGGAAUGGAUGAGAGGGCUUUGGCAUCUCAUUUGAGACCAUAUGCGGAGGUUCAGUCUAUUAUUAUGAAUAUGGAGAGAAAACAUGCUUUCGUGAAGGUGUUCUCCAGAAAAGAGGCGGAGGCAGUUAUCCAGUCAUUCAACAAAGAUGGCGCUCUCCCAUUGAGAACACGUUGGGGUGUCGGUUUUGGACCAAGAGAUUGUUGCAACUACCAGCAUGGUAUCUCCAUCAUCCCAAUCCAAAGGUUAACAGAGGCUGACAAGCAGUGGGUUGUUCAAGCCCAAUGGGGAGGUACCGGUGGUGAACCACUCGUCAGUGGAAUGGUCGUUGAUGAGCCAGAUAUCGAAAUUGGUACUGGUAUCUCUUCGAAGGCAAUGUCAAAGAAGAUGCCAACAAACUCCACUAGAAAUGGACCAAAAUCAAAUCGCCCCGGAGAGUCCGACGAGCUCUAUGCCAAAACCAGCUCCAUGGGUGGUCAACAAGAGUACAUGUCAUACUCCCAAGGCGCAAAUCCAUUGUCUGGUUUGUUCAACAACCAGCCUCCUCAAAACCCAGGCUAUCCUCCUCAAGGGCAAGUUCCACCUCCUAACCAAGGAUACCAGGGCAAUUACGGAAACAAUGGUUUGAGCUCCCAGCUACAAAAUUUCUUCCAAAAUGGACAGCGUUAG